AGACUAAGAAUAAAGAGUGAGUCGAUAAAUAGCACUCGAACGAGCAACACCUAACUCCAUAAUAGUUGGCGACGAGGAAAAAGCAAACGAAAAGUCAAAUAUUAGUCAUGUCGUUAAUCGGAGAAAUUGAACCAUUUGUCAUGGGCGAAAGCAUCAGGGAGUACUUGGAACGUAUUGAUAUUUUUUUCCAAGUUAACGAGGUGGAAGAUUCAAAGAAAACAGUGAUGUUGUUAACGUUGGGAGGAGCAUCGCUGUAUAGCCUCAUAUCAAAGAUGGUGUUGCCUGAACAGCCAAAGACGCUAAACUACGAGAAGCUGUGCAUUAAGCUGCAAGAGCAAUUGGAACAGAAAGUCAACGUAGUGGCGGAACGGUUCAACUUUAGAAACUGUCUACAAAAAGAUAGUUCUGUUGCGGAGUACAUCGUGGAACUGAAAUCGCUCGCACAAUCGUGUAAAUUCACGUGCUGUCUAAAGGAAAGCUUGCGAGAUCAAUUAGUAGUUGGUGUCCGAGAUGAAGGACUAAGGAAACGUCUUCUUCGAGAGUCCGAGUUAACAUUCGAGAGUGCAGAAAAUAUCGCCAGAACAUGGGAAGCUGCGGAUGAACAAAACGAAACAUUUACAUCGAAAGAGAAACCGAGGGAAAUGGCGGUGAUUAAGUGUGCGCCAAAACGAAGCGUCGGUCCAAAAGUGCACUACCACCGUGGGAACAGUACACCUUUACAUCAACAGAGCUACACGCAUAAGCAGGAGAGCAAGCAGCAGCAGCAGCAGCAGCAGCAGCAGCAGCAGCAGCAGCAGUGUUACAGAUGUGGAAGAUCGCAUAAUCCACAGACAUGUCCUGCGCGUAUGUGGCAGUGUUUCAACUGUAAGAAGUAUGGUCAUGUGUCGUCGUGUUGCCGAAGUACGAACGUGCAUAGUUUGCGAGCGGAACCGAAGGAUGUGUCGCUAACACGCAUAUUAGAAGAGAAUACGAUCAGUAAUCCAGAAGUGUGCGUUUUAAAUAUCAACGGUGUAGACAUUGCGUUUGAGAUAGACUGUGGUGCGUGUAAUACGGUAAUACCGGAGAGUGUGUAUCGGAAAGAGUUUGCUAAUGUCGAAUUAGAACAAACACAUUUGCGUUUUAUUACGGCAUCGGGUCAACGUCUGACACCGUUAGGAAAAAUAUGCGUAAACGUAGCGAUAAAAAGUAAAACGGUCCGUCUAGAAGUCAACGUAAUUAAAACAGAAAAUAACGGUAAUCCUUUACUAGGUCGUGAUGCGUUGGAUAUAUUAUUUCCGGAUUGGCGAAAAGGUUUUAAAUUAAAUCAAAUCGAAGCGGACAAAUGGCUUGGAGACAUGAAAAAAAUGUUUCCGAAUCUAACAAACGGAAAUAACAAGGAAACGAUAGAAGGGUUUGAAGCCAGUUUAGUGUUAAAACCUAAUUUUACCCCAAUUUUCCAUAAAGCGUAUUCAGUGCCGUUCGCAUUAAUAGAAAAAGUUGAAGCCAACCUAGAUAAAUUAGUGAAUGACGGUAUACUAGUACCAAUACGUACAUCAGCGUGGGCGAGCCCUAUAGUGGUUGUAGGAAAAAGUGAUGGCUCAGUACGUAUCUGUUUGGAUGGAAAAGCUACGAUAAAUAAAUAUCUUACGGUAGAACAUUACCCAUUACCGAGGAUUGAUGAUAUUUUGGCGAAAAUUGCAAAUUGGACAGUUUUUUGCAAAAUAGACCUAACAGGAGCGUACUUGCAAGUAAAGUUAUCAGAAAAUUCGCAAAAUAUUUGUACUAUAAAUACGCAUAAAGGGCUAUACAAGUACACUAGAAUGCCAUUUGGAGUACAGUCUGCGCCUGCAAUAUUUCAAACAAUAGUAGAUCAAAUAUUGUUAAAGACUAAAGGCAUUGCGUAUAUGGACGACAUACUCGUUGGCGGAGAAAAUGAAAAACAAUGCAUGGAGAAUGUAUGCGAAGUUUUAAAAAGGCUGGAAUUGCAUAAAGUAAAGAUAAACGAAAAGAAGUCGGAAUUUUUUAAAACAGAAAUAGAGUACCUAGGCUACAAAAUAUCAAAGAACGGAAUAACACCAAAUGAGUCAAAAGUAAAAGCGAUUAUUGAAGCACCGGUACCAUCAGAUGUGAUGCAAUUACAAGCGUAUCUAGGCAUGAUAAAUUAUUACAGCAGGUUUUUGCCAAAUCUAGCAACAAUAUUGAGUCCGAUGUAUGAACUUCUACGCAAAGACAAAAAAUAUGUAUGGUCAAAGGAAUGUCAGGAAUCAUUCGAAAAAGCGAAAUCAAUGUUAGUAGAUAACAACGUUUUAGUACCAUUUGAUCCUAAAAAACCUGUUAUUUUAGCAGUAGAUGCAAGUCCUUACGGUUUAGGUGCAGUUUUGUCUCAUGAAAUUGGAGGGGUAGAAAAACCUAUAUAUUUUGCUUCAACAACUCUUUCUCAAGCACAGAGAAAUUACGCACAGGUUCAUAAGGAAGCAUUAGCCGUUGUUUUCGGUGUCCAAAAGUUUCAUAAAUACAUUUACGGAAUCAAAUUCAAACUGGUAACAGAUAACUCAGGCGUCAAAGAAAUAUUCAAACCGUCAAGAACAACUUCGUCUAUAGCAGUAGCUAGGCUGAGCCGAUGGGCAUUGUUAUUAGCCAAUUAUGAAUAUGUGAUAGAGCAUAGGCCAGGAAAAUGUAUGGGUCACGUGGAUGGGUUAAGUAGAUUACCUUUGGCAGAAAUUUUAGAGAUAGAUGAGGAGUUCACACAAUUAAAUGCGAUUUCGUCUUCCUCAAUUAUCGAUAUUGAGUUGGUCAAACAAUUCCAAAAGUCAGAUAGUAUUUUGCAAAAAGUCUACAAAAAUGUUAAGUAUGGAUGGUCGAACAAUGUGAAAUGGGAGUUGAAAGAUUAUGCUAAAGUUAGUAACAGUUUAGCAAUAGAAGAUGGAGUAUUAUUUUUUAACGAUCGAGUAGUAAUACCAGAUAAGCUGAAAGAUAAAAUUGUCAGUCUAUUCCAUGAAAACCAUGAUGGUUUGGUAAGAAUGAAAAUGUCAGCUAGGAAACUCGUGUGGUGGAAAAAUAUAAAUAGAGAAUUUGAGCAGUAUAUAAAAGCAUGUCAAGUCUGUCAGUGUAGACAAAUCGUACCAAAAGAAAUAGUCGCAACCAAAUGGUUGCAAUGUACGCGUCCGUUUCAAAGAGUGCAUAUAGAUUUUUUCUUUUUUGAAAAUAGUACGUUAUUUAUAAUAGUCGAUAGUUUUUCCAAGUUCAUGGAAGUAAAAAUUAUGAAAAGUACUAAGGCAGAAAAUGUUAUAGAGAUGCUAGAAAUAUUUUUUGCAUAUUUUGGGUUACCAGAGGAAAUCGUGUCAGAUAAUGGUCCUCCAUUUAGUUCAGAAAAGUUUUUGUCGUUCUUAAGAGCAAAAGGUAUAAAAGUGAGUAAGUCCCCGCCGUACCACCCACAGUCAAACGGGUUGGCCGAGAGAGCGGUUAGGACAGUAAAAGAUAGUCUAAAAAAGUAUUUGUUGGAUACAAGAUUAAAACCAUUAAGUCUACAAAGGAAGCUGAAUCACUUUCUAAUCAGUUAUAGAAAUAGUCCAUGUACUGUAACUAAAGUCACGCCGUCGGAGAGAGUAUUUUGCUACGUACCACACACAUUAAUAACAAAAGUAAAUCCUAUAAAAGGACACGAAAGACAAAUCUUAACUAAGGUAGAAUCAAGAAGGCAAGUUCCAAUGAUAACAAAUCAUGAUCAGUAUGAAGAAGAGGAAGAAGUGUAUUACAAAAAUCACUUUAAGGAACAUAUGAGAUGGAUUCCAGCAAUAGUCAAAAAGAAAAUAAGUGGUCUAAGAUACUUAAUAAGUCUGAAUGGAGUAAUACGCAUGGUGCAUAAAAACCAAAUAAGGAAAAAGGAUAGUAGGAUGAGUAAGAAUGUAAUUGUAGUACCAACAAAUGUAAAUAUUUCACAUAAAAGGAAAAGGAGUGAAUCAAGUCCUCCACCGUUAAGACGAUCGAAAAGACUGGAAGGACAACCAAGAUUAAAGUAUCCUAGAUAGAAAGUAAACUUCGUUUAAGGGGGAGAAUGUAGUGUCGUAAGUGUAGGUUAGCGUAUAAGCGUAUAGUGUAAGCGUUAGAUGUAAGUAUAUGUAUGUAUGUAUUAGACUAAGAAUAAAGAGUGAGUCGAUAAAUAGCACUCGAACGAGCAACACCUAACUCCAUAAUAGUUGGCGACGAGGAAAAAGCAAACGAAAAGUCAAAUAUUAGUCAUGUCGUUAAUCGGAGAAAUUGAACCAUUUGUCAUGGGCGAAAGCAUCAGGGAGUACUUGGAACGUAUUGAUAUUUUUUUCCAAGUUAACGAGGUGGAAGAUUCAAAGAAAACAGUGAUGUUGUUAACGUUGGGAGGAGCAUCGCUGUAUAGCCUCAUAUCAAAGAUGGUGUUGCCUGAACAGCCAAAGACGCUAAACUACGAGAAGCUGUGCAUUAAGCUGCAAGAGCAAUUGGAACAGAAAGUCAACGUAGUGGCGGAACGGUUCAACUUUAGAAACUGUCUACAAAAAGAUAGUUCUGUUGCGGAGUACAUCGUGGAACUGAAAUCGCUCGCACAAUCGUGUAAAUUCACGUGCUGUCUAAAGGAAAGCUUGCGAGAUCAAUUAGUAGUUGGUGUCCGAGAUGAAGGACUAAGGAAACGUCUUCUUCGAGAGUCCGAGUUAACAUUCGAGAGUGCAGAAAAUAUCGCCAGAACAUGGGAAGCUGCGGAUGAACAAAACGAAACAUUUACAUCGAAAGAGAAACCGAGGGAAAUGGCGGUGAUUAAGUGUGCGCCAAAACGAAGCGUCGGUCCAAAAGUGCACUACCACCGUGGGAACAGUACACCUUUACAUCAACAGAGCUACACGCAUAAGCAGGAGAGCAAGCAGCAGCAGCAGCAGCAGCAGCAGCAGCAGCAGCAGCAGUGUUACAGAUGUGGAAGAUCGCAUAAUCCACAGACAUGUCCUGCGCGUAUGUGGCAGUGUUUCAACUGUAAGAAGUAUGGUCAUGUGUCGUCGUGUUGCCGAAGUACGAACGUGCAUAGUUUGCGAGCGGAACCGAAGGAUGUGUCGCUAACACGCAUAUUAGAAGAGAAUACGAUCAGUAAUCCAGAAGUGUGCGUUUUAAAUAUCAACGGUGUAGACAUUGCGUUUGAGAUAGACUGUGGUGCGUGUAAUACGGUAAUACCGGAGAGUGUGUAUCGGAAAGAGUUUGCUAAUGUCGAAUUAGAACAAACACAUUUGCGUUUUAUUACGGCAUCGGGUCAACGUCUGACACCGUUAGGAAAAAUAUGCGUAAACGUAGCGAUAAAAAGUAAAACGGUCCGUCUAGAAGUCAACGUAAUUAAAACAGAAAAUAACGGUAAUCCUUUACUAGGUCGUGAUGCGUUGGAUAUAUUAUUUCCGGAUUGGCGAAAAGGUUUUAAAUUAAAUCAAAUCGAAGCGGACAAAUGGCUUGGAGACAUGAAAAAAAUGUUUCCGAAUCUAACAAACGGAAAUAACAAGGAAACGAUAGAAGGGUUUGAAGCCAGUUUAGUGUUAAAACCUAAUUUUACCCCAAUUUUCCAUAAAGCGUAUUCAGUGCCGUUCGCAUUAAUAGAAAAAGUUGAAGCCAACCUAGAUAAAUUAGUGAAUGACGGUAUACUAGUACCAAUACGUACAUCAGCGUGGGCGAGCCCUAUAGUGGUUGUAGGAAAAAGUGAUGGCUCAGUACGUAUCUGUUUGGAUGGAAAAGCUACGAUAAAUAAAUAUCUUACGGUAGAACAUUACCCAUUACCGAGGAUUGAUGAUAUUUUGGCGAAAAUUGCAAAUUGGACAGUUUUUUGCAAAAUACACCUAACAGGAGCGUACUUGCAAGUAAAGUUAUCAGAAAAUUCGCAAAAUAUUUGUACUAUAAAUACGCAUAAAGGGCUAUACAAGUACACUAGAAUGCCAUUUGGAGUACAGUCUGCGCCUGCAAUAUUUCAAACAAUAGUAGAUCAAAUAUUGUUAAAGACUAAAGGCAUUGCGUAUAUGGACGACAUACUCGUUGGCGGAGAAAAUGAAAAACAAUGCAUGGAGAAUGUAUGCGAAGUUUUAAAAAGGCUGGAAUUGCAUAAAGUAAAGAUAAACGAAAAGAAGUCGGAAUUUUUUAAAACAGAAAUAGAGUACCUAGGCUACAAAAUAUCAAAGAACGGAAUAACACCAAAUGAGUCAAAAGUAAAAGCGAUUAUUGAAGCACCGGUACCAUCAGAUGUGAUGCAAUUACAAGCGUAUCUAGGCAUGAUAAAUUAUUACAGCAGGUUUUUGCCAAAUCUAGCAACAAUAUUGAGUCCGAUGUAUGAACUUCUACGCAAAGACAAAAAAUAUGUAUGGUCAAAGGAAUGUCAGGAAUCAUUCGAAAAAGCGAAAUCAAUGUUAGUAGAUAACAACGUUUUAGUACCAUUUGAUCCUAAAAAACCUGUUAUUUUAGCAGUAGAUGCAAGUCCUUACGGUUUAGGUGCAGUUUUGUCUCAUGAAAUUGGAGGGGUAGAAAAACCUAUAUAUUUUGCUUCAACAACUCUUUCUCAAGCACAGAGAAAUUACGCACAGGUUCAUAAGGAAGCAUUAGCCGUUGUUUUCGGUGUCCAAAAGUUUCAUAAAUACAUUUACGGAAUCAAAUUCAAACUGGUAACAGAUAACUCAGGCGUCAAAGAAAUAUUCAAACCGUCAAGAACAACUUCGUCUAUAGCAGUAGCUAGGCUGAGCCGAUGGGCAUUGUUAUUAGCCAAUUAUGAAUAUGUGAUAGAGCAUAGGCCAGGAAAAUGUAUGGGUCACGUGGAUGGGUUAAGUAGAUUACCUUUGGCAGAAAUUUUAGAGAUAGAUGAGGAGUUCACACAAUUAAAUGCGAUUUCGUCUUCCUCAAUUAUCGAUAUUGAGUUGGUCAAACAAUUCCAAAAGUCAGAUAGUAUUUUGCAAAAAGUCUACAAAAAUGUUAAGUAUGGAUGGUCGAACAAUGUGAAAUGGGAGUUGAAAGAUUAUGCUAAAGUUAGUAACAGUUUAGCAAUAGAAGAUGGAGUAUUAUUUUUUAACGAUCGAGUAGUAAUACCAGAUAAGCUGAAAGAUAAAAUUGUCAGUCUAUUCCAUGAAAACCAUGAUGGUUUGGUAAGAAUGAAAAUGUCAGCUAGGAAACUCGU